UCCGCGGCCGCGGCCGGCAGAGGGGAGCGACGCGGGCGGAGAAGCAGAUGCCGCGGGGGCCGCUCGCAGCCGCCGCUGACUUGUGAAUGGGACCCGGUCUGGGGCCGGGCUAACGACGCCGCGCUCGCCCGGCGCAGGGCCGACGGCCCGGAGGUCGCGUCCACCCGCGAGGGCCCCAGAAAUCACUGUGAUUUUGGCUUGGUGGUCAUAUGACAUUCAUUCCAGUCAACAUUUGUUGAGUAACCAAUCAGAUGGGUGGAGUGUGUUAUAGGAAUUGGCAACAAGUGUCCAAUGGGUGAAGAAGAGGCUGACUGGGGAAGUGGGCAGCCCUGACGUGAUGUGCUCAGAAAGCAAAGACAUUCCACUCCAAGAGAGGUCUGCUUGACGCAUCUGGGAGGCCAGCAUUAGAAGACUGCCACUUGGUCGGUGGAAGGGGUGACGGCUGCAUUCCCUUGUGCCUGCCACGUAACCAAAAAUGAAGGAGAACUACUGUUUACAAGCUGCCCUGGUGUGCCUGAGCAUGCUGUGCCACAGCCAGGCAUCCACCCUGGAGCGGCGGAGCCAUCUGCAUCCCUCGUUCCAUGGGCACCACGACAGAGGCAAAGAAGGGCAGGUGCUGCAGCGCUCUAAGAGAGGCUGGGUCUGGAACCAGUUCUUCGUGAUAGAGGAGUACACCGGGCCUGACCCUGUGCUUGUGGGCAGGCUUCAUUCCGAUCUUGACACUGGUGAUGGGAAGAUUAAAUAUAUUCUCUCAGGUGAAGGAGCUGGAACCAUUUUUGUGAUUGAUGACAAAUCAGGGAACAUUCAUGCCACCAAGACAUUGGACCGAGAGGAGAAGGCUCAGUAUACGCUGAUGGCCCAAGCAGUGGACAGGGAAACGAACCGACCCCUGGAGCCAGCUUCCUCCUUCAUCGUUAAGGUCCAGGACAUUAACGACAACCCACCAGAGUUUCUACAUGAGAUCUAUUAUGCCAACGUGCCUGAAAGGUCCAAUGUGGGAACAUCGGUGAUCCAGGUGACAGCUUCUGAUGCAGAUGACCCCACCUACGGGAACAGCGCCAAGUUAGUGUACAGCAUCCUCGAAGGACAGCCUUACUUUUCAGUGGAAGCACAGACAGGUAUCAUCAGAACAGCCCUCCCCAACAUGGACAGGGAAGCCAAGGAGGAGUACCAUGUGGUGAUCCAGGCCAAGGACAUGGGCGGACACAUGGGCGGGCUCUCAGGAACAACCAAAGUGAUGAUCACCCUGACCGAUGUGAAUGACAACCCACCAAAGUUUCCUCAGAGCGUAUACCAGAUGUCUGUAUCAGAAGGAGCUGUCCCAGGGGAGGAAGUAGGAAGAAUGAAAGCUAAAGACCCAGACAUUGGAGAAAAUGGCUUGGUCACAUACAAUAUUGUUGAUGGAGAUGGUAUGGAAUUGUUUGAAAUCACAACAGACUAUGAAACCCAAGAGGGCGUGGUGAAGCUGAAAAAGCCUGUAGAUUUUGAAACCAAAAGAGCAUAUAGUUUGAAAGUAGAGGCAGCCAAUGUGCACUUCGACCCGAAGUUCAUAAGCAACGGACCUUUCAAGGACACUGUCACUGUCAAGAUUGCUGUUGAAGAUGUAGAUGAGCCCCCCAUGUUCUUAGCUCCAAGUUAUAUCCAUGAAGUCCAAGAAAAUGCAGCUGCCGGCACUGUGGUUGGGAGAGUGCAUGCCAAAGACCCGGAUGCUGCCAACAGCCCAGUAAGGUAUUCAAUUGAUCGUCAUACUGACCUCGACAGGUUUUUCAUUAUUAAUCCAGAGGAUGGUUUUAUUAAAACCACAAAACCUCUGGAUAGAGAAGAAACUGCCUGGCUCAACAUCUCUGUCUUUGCAGCCGAAAUCCACAAUCGUCACCAGGAAGCCAAAGUCCCCGUGGCCAUUAGAGUGCUUGACGUCAACGAUAAUGCUCCUAAGUUUGCUGCCCCCUACGAAGGCUUCAUUUGUGAGAGUGAUCAGACCAAACCACUUUCCAACCAGCCGAUUGUUACAAUUAGUGCAGAUGACAAGGAUGACACAGCCAAUGGGCCGAGAUUCAUCUUCAGCUUACCCCCUGAAAUCAUACACAACCCGAAUUUCACAGUGAGAGACAACAGAGUCAUUGUGGUUUUGUUUGUGACCUUGAGAAGGCAAAAGAAGGAGCCACUCAUUGUUUUUGAGGAAGAAGAUGUCCGUGAGAACAUCAUUACCUAUGAUGAUGAAGGGGGUGGCGAGGAAGACACCGAAGCCUUUGAUAUUGCCACCCUCCAGAAUCCUGAUGGUAUCAAUGGAUUUAUUCCCCGCAAAGACAUCAAGCCUGAGUACCAGUACAUGCCGAGACCUGGGCUCAGGCCAGCACCCAACAGCGUGGAUGUGGACGACUUCAUCAACACUAGGAUACAGGAGGCAGAUAAUGACCCCACCGCCCCGCCCUAUGACUCCAUCCAAAUCUACGGCUAUGAGGGCAGGGGCUCAGUGGCGGGGUCUCUGAGCUCCUUGGAGUCUGCCACCACAGACUCAGACUUGGAUUAUGAUUAUCUACAGAACUGGGGACCUCGUUUUAAGAAAUUAGCAGACUUGUACGGUUCCAAAGACACUUUUGAUGAUGAUUCUUAACAAUAAAGACACAAAUUUGGCCUUAAAGAACUGUGUCUGGCGUUCUCAAGAAUCUAGAAGAUGUGUAAACAGGUAUUUUUUUAAAUCAAGGAAAGGCUCAUUUAAAACAAGCAAAGUUUUACAGAAAGGAUGCAUUUAAUGAAACUGCAAGGACAUCAAAGUGGUAAAUACUGUGAAAUACCUUUUCCCACAAAAAGGCUAAUAUUGAAGUUGUUUGUCAACUUCACUAGAGAAAAACCACUUGGCAUACAAAAUAUUUAAGUGAAGGAGAAUUCUAACGGUGAACUCACAAUGAAGGGAAAUUGUUUAUGUGUUAUGAACAUCUAAGUCUUUCUUCUUUUUUUUUUUAAUUUGUCAAAAAAGCUUCCACAAAAUUAGAAAGGACAACAGUUUUGAGCUGUAAUUUCGCCUUAAACUAUGGACACUCUAUAUGUAGUGCAUUUUUAAACUUGAAAUAUAUACUAUUCAACCAGCUUAAACCCAUACAAUGUAUGUACAAUACAAUGUACAAUUAUGUCUCUUGAGCAUCAAUCUUGUUACUGCUGAUUCUUGUAAAUCUUUUUGCUUCUACUUUCAUCUUAAACUAAUACGUGCCAGAUAUAACUGUCUUGUUUCAGUGAGAAGCGCCCUAUUUCUAUGUCAUUUUUAAUGUAUCUAUUUGUACAAUUUUAAAGUUCUUAUUUUAGUAUACAUACAAAUAUCAGUAUUCUGACAUGUAAGAAAAUGUUACGGCAUCACACUUAUAUUUUAUGAACAUUGUACUGUUGCUUUAAUAUGAGCUUCAAUAUAAGAAGCAAUCUUUGAAAUAAAAAAAGAUUCUUUUUUAAUUCUGGGUUUGAUUCUUAACAUUGAAAAAAUGAAGGAUUUAUAAUGAUCCAAUUUAUAUUUCUAAUUUAAUUGUGAUCUUUAAUGAUCCUAUUUAUGAUCUGUUAAUAGCCUGUCUGCUACUUUGGUUGCUUAUUUAAAAUCAAAUAUAUUUGACAAAUGUUUUCUUUUUCUUUCUUUUUUUUUUUUUUUUAGACAAGACUGUGUAACAUCAUGUAAAACAUGUUUUGUAAAUUCUUGGUGUUAGCCUCCUGGCUUGGGUUUGCACAUCUCUUCUCGAGAUGAAGGAUGUUAAACAUAUAGAUCAGUCUAUUACUUUGCAAUAUGUGUUAUAUAAUAUGCAUUGAUCUUGUAUAUCAGUAAUCUCAUGGCUAUGAGAGAUGAAUCCAUGAGGAAAUGGAAACUAUCAGAAUCUUAAUGUUCAAGGCCUAGAUUUUGUGCUCCACCUAGCACUUGUGGGAGGUGGAAGGAAGAGUAACAAGCCAGAAGUUUGAUUUUCCCCCAGAUUCCACUGUUACUCUUUUUUCUUUAUAUUGCUCUUACCAGGCUAUCGUAGGACUCCAACAGCUGAAAGUGCAUAUUUUCCCUCCUGUUAUUUUUACUUAAAAUGAUGUGGCAUUUUAAGUUUUGAUAAGAGAAAGAGAGCUUCACUUGAAAUCCUUUGUUUUAGAAGAUAAUUUGAGCUGUGAGCUCCUAGUGAGUGCAGGGAUGCUAUUGGACAGAGAGAAAUAAUGCCAUUGGACUUGCGAAUACGGCAGGGUCAUCCGCAGUCCAGUCUGCUUGCUAUGGACUGGGACAGUGUAAAGGAGACUUCACUCGUACAGUUGGGCCAAAGGUCAAAACGUAGCAAUACUUGGGGAAAGAUCACAGAAAAUCAUGCUGCACGCACUUUCCCUCUUUCCCCCUAAACACAGGGCACAUGCUUUUUCUUGGAUUACGGACAAUUUUUAGAUUAGUUUCUUUUUUUUCUUGGCUUUGUGGUGAAAGUUUGCUUCAAGCAUUUCUUGUUACCCUGUUAUAUACUAUUUUUAUGAUAUAGUCAAAGUGCAUACAAAGAAACAUGUUGGUAUGAAGUGUUCCCUUCCAUUUUACUUUGCAUUUACAUCAAAUUGGCAGAACACUUCAAUGGAAUCAGUUCUGUGGACAGUGUCACUUUAGGAUCUUUCAUUGCAGGGAAGGAUUACAUAUUCUCAAAUCUUCCAUAAUUGUAGGCUGUGUUCAUUUUUAUAUAGUUUUUGUAAUCCAAAGAAUAUUUUGCUAGAUUUGCACAGAACUCUGAAUGAAUUUGAAAUGAAGAAAUAGCUCAAAAGGAAUAUGAAUAGUACUUAAGUCUUCAGCUGUAAGUAACCCUACCACCAUGAAUGGUCCUUUUUUCUAGGAAUGUAUUUGGAAUAGAGUGACAACUACAUUUUCACGUUUUUAUGUCAAAAUUUUUUUAAAGGCUGUCUACUUUUCAAUAGUUAAAGAUACCUGGUUUUUGCUUUCUUUUCUAUCUUUUCUCUUUUCCUUUAAGGCUCUAUUGUUUGUA